GGUGCGCAACGUACAUAGACAACGUGACACCCCUGUAGAAGGGCAAGACCUGAGCGUAAAGAGGUCGAAGUCUGUAGGAACCUGUUUGUCGGCUUGUCACUAGUCGCGCCACAAUUAAGUAGGCUUGGCAGCACAGGACCCCUAAGACCUACAACCACAGGCUCUGGUAUAUUUAGUACAAAGGUUGCAACAAUGUCGAAGGCUGUGGCCGCUGCUAAGGGCAUGGAGUUUGUGGUUAGCAAGGUGGACAACGUCAUUAACUGGGCUCGUGCGGGCUCCAUUUGGCCUAUGACCUUCGGUCUGGCUUGCUGCGCUGUGGAGAUGAUGCACGCUGGUGCCUCGCGCUACGAUCUGGAUCGCUUUGGCAUCAUUUUCCGCCCUUCGCCCCGCCAGUCCGAUUGCAUGAUUGUUGCCGGAACGCUCACGAACAAAAUGGCGCCCGCUCUGCGCAAGGUCUAUGACCAAAUGCCAGAGCCUAAGUGGGUGGUGUCCAUGGGCAGCUGCGCCAACGGCGGUGGCUACUACCACUACUCUUAUGCAGUUGUUCGCGGAUGCGACCGCAUCGUGCCCGUGGACGUCUACGUGCCAGGCUGCCCGCCCACCGCUGAGGGCCUGCUGUACGGUCUGCUGCAGCUGCAGAAGAAGAUCUACCGGUCAAAGACGACCCAGAUCUGGUACAAGAAGUAAGCCCGCCCAUGCUGCCGGAGCAGCAGCCCCAUGCCUGCAGCACCCGGCGCAGCGGGCGCUUGAGCAGUCCUAACAGGUGUAGGGGGGCCCGCUGCAGUUGACGUCACGAGGAUUGGGGUUUGCUUAGCCCUUUUGGCUGCGGUUGGGCAGGGCAGGCAUUGUGGGCAUGCUGGCUUGUGACGUGCGCUAAUGCUUUGGCGAGGUGGGAAAGAGCUUAUUGGUUGCAUUGUUAGAUGUGGACGCCUUGUGAGGUAUGACGUGCCGGGCUGGGGCUGUGUUUGUGGGUGGCCUCGUCGGCACGCCCUCCGCAUGGGGUGGGGGUUGGUUGUGGUGAUUCGGUGUUGGGCUGGGCUUCAUAGCCGCCCAGCUGUGGCUAGAUAGCACAACGGGGUGUGUCCGUACGCGGCGGGGCUUGUGCCGCGUGGGAGGGUGGAGUGGAAGUUGUUGCGCGCGCCGGUGUGAGGCUGGGUAGUUGACUAUCGCAUUCGUAUUCAAGUACCCGUCGGAUGGCUUUUGUCAUCGUGUCGUUUGCGACGAGCUUGCGCAUUGUUUGUUAGAGGAGCGGAGCCUUCCAUACGUUUUGGUGUGGCGAUUCACAUGCCGGCGCACGCUGUGUUGAUGAGGCCUAUGGUACGGUAACACUCUUUCGGGUGCGACAUAUGCUGAGGGC